AUGGCCACUGUGACCCUGUCAUCCGUGUUGGACAAACAGAUUCGCAGCCUCUGUCUGAAAGACUUCCCAUGUGGGUGUGGUACCUGGGUGAAGGACGAAGGGAGAGACGGUGCAGAGAAGGAGGAGAAGGAAAGCCUCCGGGACCUCCUGACCUGUCCCAUGUCUCCAUGGCGACAGGAGGGGUCCUGGAGCCCCCAGGUGUCCACCCUGAGGGAGCUGUGUGUGGGAGGGCCUGAAGGUCGUCCUGAUGACACCGUCCACACACACUUCAUCACCCUGAGGAUCGUGGAUAAAGGUGUGUCCGUGGUCGACGAAGACCUUUUACGGUUCUCCAGUUUGAGAGAGCUGGUGCUGAGUGCUAACAGUAUCUCUGAUCUGCAUAGCGGCAGUCUUCCCUCCGCCCUCAGAGUGUUGGAGCUGUAUUCCAACCAGGUGUCUGACCUGAAGGGGCUAAGCUGCCAUCCGCGGCCCAGCUUGCAGCACCUGGGUCUGGGCGCCAACCGGCUGGGCUCCCCUGCAGACGUCCAGCUCCUCACCGGGGCGUUCUGGCCACAGCUGGUCUCUCUGGACCUCAGCUGGUCUGACUUCCAGGGACAUCGUAUCAUGGUGGAGGCCCUGGCCACCCUGCCCUGCCUGAGGACCCUGGUCCUGCAGGGAAACCCCCUCACCCUGACCCCCUCCUUCCCAGGGUUCACCUUGGACAGCCUUCCCCGGCUGCUGUACCUGGACGCUGCCAGGGUCACGCCUGACGAUCGUCAUCGCUUCAGAGGCCUGGCAAACAUGAGAGACAUGAUAUUGGACCAGGCGGUUGUCAUGGUAACUGUGGGUAAAAUGAGGGGUGUUCCUGAUCCACUGAUUGGUCAGUGUGACAACGCGCCCGAGUUUCCUGUCGUCACUUACACCUACUCUGUCAACUACGAGUUUCUCAACCGACAGCCCUCCGCUGCUGACGUCCAGCAGGUGAGCGUGGAGGGUGCUUCGCUAGCGGACGCAGCACCAGGCUCUGCAGAGGAGAGACCAGAUGCUCCGAAGCCAGAUCAUGUCAUCAGCACCACAGGAAGCGCGGGGAAUCCUCACCGUCGUUCCCACAGUGUGGUAAAACACAGCACACCGAAGCUGGUGUGGGCAGAGACCAUGGACUUCUGCCACACUGGCGUCCACGGUGUUGCCGACCUGGGCCUGCUAAAGAGCUUCCUCCUUGGAGGCCUGUCUCUGACCGUCGAGGAGGAGAAGGUCCUAUCUUGGCCUGCCCCAGACCUAAACCUUAUCCCAGGACCCAAACCCAACCCAGACAAGAAAGGGGGCAAAGAUUGUGUAGGCCCCGUAAGCAAAACCGGCUCCGUGCCAAAAUCGAAAGACAAGAAGAAGAAGGAGUCGACGGCGGACCUGAUCCCAGACGCUCCGAUCCGGAGGGCUCUGGGCUCGGUCCACGUACCCCUCCAGGACCUCUCCAUGGGGGGUCACAGGGUCACGGUCCUGUGUGACCUGGGGGUGCAGCAAACAGAACACGGGGUGAGGACCACGGCUUCAAGAGAGAAGGAGUCGAGUAAGAAAACCAAAGACGAGAAGAAGAAGGAGGAGAAGAAAGGAAAGGCCGCAGACCAGAAGAGCGCUACAGCCCCUAAAGGUAAGGGGAAAGGACGUAAGGAAAGUGAGAUGGACGUGCACGCAGAAGACGCUGUUUCCAACCAGCCUGAGCCCAUGUCUGUGGAGUUCACGGUGCAGCUGGAGAAAUGGCUGUCCACUUCAGACGCCCAACAGCCACUACACAACCUAGUCCUCACAGGCUGA